AACCCCCAACCCCCAACCCAACCCUUCGUCGCGCUCACGUCUUCUAUCGAUUUCAUAUCCGCCGAACUCACCAAUCUGCACACUCUCUCUUUAUAUUUCAAUGGAAGCUCAUCAGUCAAUGAUGCCAUAGCGAGAUUUCGCCUUUUUUCUCCGUUGACACUGUAGAAAGCGCUCGAAAUUUUAGCCUUUUGACUUUCUUCUCCAUCUGCCUCCUGUACAGUGCUCGCACCUAUGGCACCGCGUCGUUUGGUUCUGCUCUUCGCUCUUUUUUCUUCGAUUUUUGCAGUUCUCAACGCCAGCGAUGGAGAUGCCGAUCCGAUUUACAAAGUUUGUGUUCAGCAAUGUGAGAAGAGUGGAUGUGUAGGGGUUAAAUGCUUUCAGCAUUGUAAUUUUUCAUCUGGUGGGAAUCCCAUUGAUGGUCCGUGGUAUUUGCAAGAACCACUUUAUUUAAAGUGGAAACAGUGGGAUUGUCUCAGUGAUUGUCGAUAUCAUUGUAUGCUGGCCAGGGAGGAAGAGAGACAAAAACUUGGGCUCAAGCCUGUCAAGUAUCAUGGAAAAUGGCCAUUUCAACGUGUUUACGGAAUUCAGGAACCUGUUUCUGUGGCUCUCUCUGCUCUCAAUCUUGCUAUACAAUUCCAUGGCUGGGUAUCCUUCUUCAUUCUAAUUAAUUAUAAGCUGCCAUUCAGGCCGAAUAGAAAACCAUAUUAUGAGUACACUGGCCUGUGGCACAUCUAUGCUAUUUUAUCAAUGAACUCUUGGUUUUGGAGUGCUGUUUUUCAUAGCAGAGAUGUGGAUUUGACUGAGAGACUAGACCAUUCUUCUGCCGUGGCUUUACUUGGGUUUUCUGUUAUCUUGGCUAUAUUGCGAACUUUCAAUGUGCGAGAUGAGGCGCCCAGAGUAAUGGUUGCUUCUCCAAUUAUUGCAUUUGUGACAACCCAUAUCUUGUAUCUUAACUUCUAUCAAUUUGAUUAUGGUUUGAACCGGAAGGUGUGUUUUGGUAUGGUGAUGGCGAAGCUUACAAUAUGGGGUGUAUGGGCAGGGGUUAGUCGUCAUCCAUCACGGUGGAAGCUGUGGGUGGUGGUGAUUGGGGGAGUUGUUGCCACCGUUGUUGAAGUAUUCGACUUUGCUCCAUACUGGGGAUACGUGGAUGCCCAUGCUGUUUGGCAUGCCACCUGCAUUCCUCUCACCUACUUGUUUUGGAGUUUUGUAAGGGAUGACAGUGAAUUCAGGACAACUAGUCUGAGUAAGAAGGCAAAGUAGGAUGGAUCUGCCAAACUGUUGUGAUGAUGAUCGUAUCAAACUGGAUCACCUUUGUAUUGGGUCUUUGUUACAGUAUCAGCAGACUGUCUUCCUCAUUUUUUCUUUUGGGGUUGUUUUUUCUCGCAUGAUUUGCCUGGGUGCUCACUCCAUGCGGGUUUCUUUGUUC